GUUGAUAUAUUGUAUAUAAAUAGAUAUGAUAGACCCGUUCCAAAUUGCAAUCCCCUUCUCCAAGUAAGGCUCUCUUGUGAAGUCAAAUCAUCCUCAUAUUUGGAAGCUUCCACGAGGCGCUGUUUUCAAACCUCUAAUUGAUUAAUCGGCUUUUGAUUUUGAACAACGAGGAUGAAUUCCACAUUCCCACCACACUAGAAAUACUUCGGUCUCCUUCAACCCAAGCUGUGUAGAAAAGCUUUUCUUCGUGAAUCAAGAAGAAACCCGUCUACAGAUGUUCAGUUCCUUCAUUUGUGGCAGUUUUCAUCAUCAACGGGAGGAAGAAGAAGAUGAUGGUUCAUAUGUCGUUCCUUCUUCCACACCAAAGAAAGCAAUCCGAAGUAGCAGCUUCUGCAAGAGAAAUAAGAAGAACAAGAAUCCUUAUUCAACCCGUGGUCUCGACAAAUUCUCUACUCUUUUGGCAGAUCUUCAGGCAAGAAGGCAGAAGAUUUAUGCACAGAUGGGGUCCCAAGACAUGACUUCUGUUCGUUUUGUCUAUUCCAACACAAACGGUAAUUGGGUACCGAUUGUGGUGAAGAUGAAAGAUCCCAAACAGGAGAAACCCAAGGUGGUUGGUGGCGAAGAUAGCCCCUUGACACAGAAAUCAGAAGCCUUAGUAGUAAGCUCUCUACCAGACAAGCCUUCGGCAGCAUCGGACGAUGUCUGUGUUCAGACACCGGAGCAGCUGGCUGAGGCAACAACGAAGAAGUGCUCGUCAUCAUGGAGUAUAGAUAAGUGGAGCAGACCCUCCCAGUAUUUGCCCAUGGUUAUAAUCCUGAUUCUCUUGUGCUUGGUGAUGUUUGGGAGAUCGUUCGCAAUAAUUUGCACCUCCCUGUUGUGGUACUUGGUGCCCACUGCAACCAACGACAGAGACUGGAAUCUGAUGAGAAGGUCAUUCAAGAAGAAAGAGUAUGUGAGGAGGUUGAGUGAAAAUAAGAUCAUGAACAGUGGUGGAUUAUCAUCUCCUACUACUCCUAGAGCUAACAAUUUAGGAAGCGGUGCCACCAGAGAAUCACCACCUAGAAAACAUAGGACUGGCAAAGGCUGUUGAUUCUUUCUCUCCCUCCCCAGUCGGCCAGUCGUCACCCCUUCUCGUCAAGAAUCAAGACUUGACUUGGUUAAUUAAUUUACAACAUGUUCA